CCAUUUGCCACAUACUCCUGAUGUCAUGUUAAAGACCAACCCGACUGUUCCCUGCGGGUGCCAGGUCGUAUAAAAGUCUCCAUGCCGGUGUUGGUAGCAGUGCGGACAGGGCCAGCUCAGCACCCUACAGCUAGCUAUACACCAUCACCAAAGCUCUAAAUCUUUCCAGAGCUGAACAAUCAUGACCACCUCCCGCAGCAUUGAACACUACAAGACCAACGUCCACGCCCACUGGGAGGGCAAACAUGCCAAGGACUGGACGGAGGUUGACCUCAUUGGGUACGAGAACGCGACGAAUCGCUUAUAUAACGAGCUGUGCGCGCAUCCGGACGCGGCCGUCGUGCAGGUCGGCCAUCGAUCGACCCUGCUCAACAAUCAUGGCCGGGACUACCGGUUCAACGGCAAGUUCUCCAGCGAGCAGACGCAGCCAGAGCGCAGUCACCAUGAGUACAACCGGUUUGGGAAGCUGAUGAAGUGGGAGGGCGAUCGGUGGUAUGCGUAUGAUUUUGAGGUGGAGAUUACUGAUCAUAUGAGGGCUUAGAAAGGGGGUGGGGAGGCGGGAGUAUUGCGGUUGCCCCCCUAUUGUCUAAUCAGAAUUAUGUGAUCGCCAGUUUUUUCUGACCUGCAGGAAGAUAGGUGCA